AUGAGUACAGUAGGUGAACUAUGUGAACUAAGAUGGAAUAUUAAAUCCUUUAACUUUUGUGCCUCCUGCGGGGCCAGACUUCCUGCAGAAGAAGAGGGCAUGAAGAUCACUCCAACUUCUUCAAUUAAAGGGCUAAGCCAGGAAGACCAGGAUCACCUGCCAAGGUCUCCUGCAAAGAAAAAGGCAGAAAUAUUGCCAGACAAAGGAAACGCUUCUUCUGCAAAUAAACGGAGCUGGUCACCUUCAGUAUCACCUACUAAAUCACCAAAGGCAAAAGCAAAGCCCAGCUACCGAACGCCCAGGAAGGACAGGAGUGCCACCGUGAGACCUCUCCCAGAGGGUGAGAUCCUAACAGACUUGAACAACGAGCAAUGGAAGCUUGGGAAACUUCUGAGCGAGGGUGACUAUGGACUGAUGUAUGAAGCAAUGUGUGCAUCUGAAGCUUGCCGUUCCCAGCGGAGAUACUCCCUCAAACUUGAUUGCAAAGAUGGACGGCUCUUCAAUGAACAGAACUUCAUGCAGCGAGCUGCUAAGAAAGCCACAGUGGAGAAGUGGAAGAAACAGCAUUCAGUACCAUUGCUGGGGAUCCCUAAUUGCGUUGGUUUUGGCCUCCACAAUAGUAACUACAGGUUCCUGGUCUUCUCUUAUCUGGGCCGCUCCCUUCAGUCCAUCCUGGAUGACUGUGAAAACAAGAUGACGGAGAAAGCAGCCUUGCAGCUUGCAAUUAGACUGGUGGAUGUUCUGGAGUUCCUCCAUGAGAAUGAGUAUACCCAUGGGAACAUCACUGCUCAGCACAUAUAUGUGAAUCCAGCUGACCUUGCUGCGAUCACCCUGGCAGAUUACUGCUUUGCUUUCCGGUACAGCCCUGGGGGGAAGCAUGUAUCUGAAUGCCAAGGCAGCAGGACACCCCACGAGGGCACCAUAGAGUUCAUCAGCAUUGAUAGCCACAAAGGAGCCGCUCCAUCUCGUCGUAGUGAUCUUGAGUCUCUGGGUUACUGUCUAGUGAAGUGGCUGUGCAGAUGUCUUCCCUGGUCUGAGGACCUUGACUGUCCCUGUGUGGUCAUGCAGAAGAAGGAAAGUUACAAAGCAGAUGUUAUCAAGUCUCCAAGGCUCUCCUUUGACUGGAAAUCAAAUUCAGAAGCCCUGAAGAGCUACCUGCUACAAGUGAUGUCCCUGGAAUAUGAAGAGAAGCCAGACUAUGAAGAGCUACGCACUGUCCUGAGGAGGCCUCUUGAGCUGAUGAGAACAUCUGCCUAUGACUCAGUGGAUCUCAAGGUGGCACCCUAGAUCUGAGAAACAGAGAGAUGGUGGUGAAGAGAGUCAACCCCACUGGAAUAUCCCGGAACAGCUGGGAACAAGGAAUUUUCCUUAUUUUUUCACACCUAACUUUUAGAUUGGGGAGGGAAGUGGAAUUUCUUGCAGCUGUUUGUUAGGCCUUUGUUGUGACCUUUUAUAGAAUCAAUCCUAUCCUGCUGCACAGCACUGAAUUCUGGUUACCGUAAAUCCUAUAUACCUAUUUUAUAGACAACUGCUUGAGCAGUAUUUUAAAAAGGUAACCCCCAAGUUGUUUUUUUUUUGUGUUUUACCUUGUAAAUAGUGAUGGCUACUUUGUUUUUGUUUUGUUUGUUUUGAAGGGGGGGGGAGGAACUGCAAUCUUACAUUCAUUGUCUUAAUUGUGUUUUAAUUUUAUUUGAUUCUAAUCUGCCUUGGAGACCUUUUAUCAGGUAGAAGGUAUUGUAAAGUCUAUUAAGAAUGUGAAAUAAAGAUAUAUAUAUAUUCUGUU